UCGAAGCGUAUCACCACCACUUCGACAGAACAACACUCGCAAAACAACAGAGGCAUUUUAAGAACUACGCUAUCUUCGGAAAAAAUAUGAAAUAUCGUAUCGCUGGGGCUACGGGCUCUAUUUUAUUGAAAAACUUGAGCGUUUGGAACCUCAUUGGAGGAACUUAUAUCAACCCAUCUUCGUUUCUUUUUAUUCCUGGCCUUGGUGGUCUUCUGACUAAAGAAUUUCUUUUGGAAAAAGCGCCAUUGUUUUCGGAAAACCACGUCUUUUUGAUGAAAUGGCAAAGGAUGCAGUUCAGUGAUCACUUUCGGAAAAUUUCGAACGAGUUCAAGAAUGACUGUGAUAAGCUGGAUAGAUUUCAAUAUUAUCUGCGCCUCAAUAAAGCGAUUGAAAUGACUUACAAGAUAAUAUCAGCAGAAAAGACAUCUGCCGUGAUUGAUGCACAUAUAACAGACGUCGACGAAGAUAAGAAUUUGGCGACUCACCGGGCCUUGAUAGUUUGUGUUAGCAAGGCAACUGGCAAGCCUGCUUGCCUACCACAAGAACUUCCCGUUGAAAAACGGAGUAGCGUCGUUAAACUUGGCGAUAUGAUGACAGGAAACCUCAUGGAAACGGCACCAGAGGGCAGCGUGACCAAGUAUGUCGGAAGGGAAGAUGUAGCGUUUUUGGAUUAUGUACCACACCACAAGUACUUAAACUUCUGCCUGGACAGCCUUGCCGUCGGCGGAACAAGGAAUGGUUUCACCAAUUUGCCUGGUAAUUUGCCUAUAUGGAAUUACCAGAUACGCUCGUGCUCGUUAUUGUAUUUGAAGCAAGCAAAGCUCGGUGAUCGCAUCCAAACGUUUUAUUGGAAAGAUCCUGCAGACAUCUGGAGUUUCUACUUCAAGACAAUGCGAAACCAAGAAUCGAUAGCUGAGGCACGAGUGGAAAUGACUGCUGCAAAAUGAACACUUAACAUUAUAAAAUAACUGAUUUUUCAUUCAUAUAUAUAUAUAUCCGUAAUUCCAUUAUUUUAAAUUGAUAUGUUGUAAUUUUUGAUUUCGAUAAAUACAUUCACGCCAGGGGUCGGCAACCUUUUGUCGCUCGCGGGCUAAAAUAAGGGCCGCACAUGUUUUCAGGAAGUUGGAAACCGAACGGAUGAUACCUUGUUGCUUCAACAGACUUUUUAAUAUUAUAAAUUGAUACAGUCUAACUUAGACUAAGUUGCAGGUACAGUGCAGCAGUCGUCAUGCUCUGUUGAUUCGUAUGAAAAUUGGUAAUGAGAAUCUUAAAUUCCUCAACGCAGUUUGCAUUCGUGCGAUGGCACUAACGAACCAAAACAUAUUGUACGGCGUACCCCAUGUACCAAAACGAGCACCACUUGAUGGCUUGGUGCCGAAAAGGAUUGAUAUUAGCAACCACAAGCACCUCGGCUUCUGCGGUUCUGGGGUGAAUUUAUUAUUAAAUUCAGAUAUAUAUGUGUUCAGGUUAGCGUGUUUGCUGAAACUGCAACUAAUGCAGUAAUGCCAUGUAUUUAAGUUUUUAGACUCAGUGUGUCACGAUGUUACCAUCUACUUGCAAAAAUUUUAUAAUAAUCAUUUUAAUUUUAGUCAGAAUAGUGAAUUUUUAUCUGAAUUGAAAUGAUUCUUCGGAAUCUAUGACCCGUAUUCAGCUUAAUGCACAAUUACAGAUAUUUUUUCCCCAGGCAAAUAUAUAUUUUGAUG